GGGGGGGGGGGGGGGGGGGAGGGAGGCGAAUCCAGAAGCAGAAGAGCGGAAGAGAAGGAAGAGAGUGGCGUUUGAUAAGGGGAUUAUAUCGGAGGCGCCAGCGAAGGUGUUGACGACGAGGCUGCUGAGCCCAUCGAAGACUGUAAGCAAGCACCACGGCAGAGACAUCCUCAGGAAGUCCCACCGCAAGAACAGGUUCCUCUUCUCCUUCCCCGGACUCCUCUCCCCCAUCUCCGGCGGCAAGAUAGGCGAGCUCAAGGACCUCGGCACCAAAAAUCCCAUUCUCUACCUCGAUUUCCCUCAGGGUCAAAUGAAGUUGUUUGGGACUAUUGUUUAUCCAAAGAACAGAUACCUGACCUUGCAGUUCUCUAGAAGUGGCAAGAAUGUCAUGUGUGAGGACUAUUUCGAUACCAUGCUUGCGCAGGAGGUAACUAGCAAUGUGGGUCAUGGUAUCAUGGCGCAAUUGGAAGAACAUAGGGCUUGGAAACUAGAGAUUGUAUUUUCCGAUGCAUGGUGGAUUGGGAAGAAACAUGAGAAUCCAGAAGAAGCUCAUCUCGAGUUUCCUAAGGAGCUGCACGAGGCACAUCAUGCGGAGAUUGAUUUUAAAAGUGGUGCAGGUGCAGCAUCAGAAAUUAAGCAGGGAGUUAACAAUUCUGGAUUGAAAUAUGUAGAACAAGAGUCUCCCAAAACUGACCUAGAAGAUGGUUCAUCUGAAUGUCAAAACAAUUUGGAAGAUUUGCCUGAUGUGACUCCAAUUCGGCAUUCAGAGAGAACUGCAGGAAAAAGAUUUCAUUUUGCAGAAGCUUCUUCUGGAGAUGAUGUUAUUGCAAAUGAUGUUGAUACGUUUGAAGGAGAGGACAAGAAAGGUGGCAUGGAACAUCUAUCUAAAGAUUAUGCUCCUGGAAAGACUGAAAGGUCCUGUCCUGUCAUUUUUGACAUUGACAACGAGGAUGCUGCAGCAUGUACACAAAUUCAACAAUCUGCUAUGGCGGUGACAAAGUCAAAGGAAGUCUCUCACAGCAAUCAUAGUUCUCUUGUUCAAACUACCAUAUCUACCUUGUUUAAGAAAGUGGAGGAAAAGAAGGCACCGAGAAAUCUAAGGAAGUCCCCUUCUUCAAAAGCUUCCAGCCAGAAUUUGAAGCAUGUUGUUUCAGGAAAAAAGACUACUAAAACAAAAGUUGAAGAUGAUGACAUUGAAGAAUUUUCAAGCACAUCAAAGGAUAGUACUGGAAGUGAUGACGAUUGGACUGGUUAAGAUUGCUGCAUCUUGAUGUGGACAUGCUAAAACAAUUUUCAACUGAGAAAGUAUGGCACCUCACAUGCGAUUGUAUUGUUUGGUAACAACUGAAAAAAGUACAGAAGCAUAGAAUCGUUUCUUCCAGGCGCUGGUUGAAGCUUAUUGUGGCUUGAAUGUAUUUGUCUUCUUGUUUACUAUAGAGAAAAAAGCAUUAUGUCAACCACAUAUGAGAGAGAGGGGUAUAGCCUUCUGUUUUUCUGGUUUGUUUUGUAGAACUUUUGUUUCUUACGUGGUCUACAGUCAGUGCUGGCUCUAUCAAAAAGCACAUUUAAAAUUUUUUAUUUAUUAUAAUUUCAAUGAUAUUUUCUAUA